GAAUUUUAAGCAUAUAAUCACACACCAUAUACUUAAGUACUGAGUUGAAAUGUUUGCAUACUUAAAAAAAAAAAAAGAUUUUUAAACCUAGGUCCUACUGUUAGUUAGAACAGUAAAACCGGCAGUGACAAACAGGCUAUGCAACGGAAGUGUAUAUAGCAAGACAACAAAAGUAACCUACUUGUUUUUGCACCUGACUAUGUCCAAAAUGUGGAUGGCAUUAAGAUCUUCCUUGAGAUCUGCCUCCAUCCCCUUCAGAUUCUAUCACUUCACAUCCUAUACUGUACAGUCAUUUUUUGUCAAUCUAUUUACAUUUAUAGAGGUAAGAAGACAAAUAUGUGUCAUCUCCGUAUCCUCUCCAGGGUCACACACGUUUAAUAACAUUUUUAGCCUAGUAGUUGUAAAAGUAAGCAUUAUUUUGAUUAUGCCAUCUUAACUGGCACACUUCCAUUGUAUAGCCGUUUCAUAGCUGGUAGCUGGAUAUACCACUCUAGCUUAAAUUAAUGUUUUUGAAAAAUGAAUGGAUUUCUCCAUUGAUGUUUGGUCUAGUCUCAGUAAAGAGCUCUUCAGACAUUACAAGUACAUUGAGAACUCUAGACCUUCAUGGAAAAUAUUUUUAUCCACUUUCACUGGAUUCAUGUUAGAUCAAGAAAUCCUACACUUGUUUCUUGUUUCUUGACAGACCCAAAGGAAAAAGACAUGUUGCCCAAAUGAUUGUUGAUGAGUAUCAAGUCACAACCUUGACAGAGACUCAGAAGAAGCUGAAAGACAUGGAGGAGGAAAACGAAAAAUUGAGAAAUGACAACGAAAAAUUAAGAACAAUGCUUAUUAGAGAGCUACCAAAUCUGAUUAAUGACGUAAAAAUGGCCCUGAAGUCUCCGUGUUCGUCAACGUCGUCGGUCAGCUCUGACUUGGAAGGUGGACAGGGUUUGCCACAGCGUAUUACACAGUCCACCCCACAACCCUCUCCCACAGCCCUCCCCCCACCGAAAGCAGUAUCCACAGAACAGGUGGAAAUAUCUCCUGGAUCUAAUGUAUUCAUUGACAGACUGGCUUGGGCUGUGGCCCAGAAUGCAAACUCUGCCUCCUGUUUUGUGAGAACACUCCUGACAGCAGUGUUCCCAAUUGAUGUGCUCCUUGUGAGCAAUCUUCGAGGAACAUCCAGGGAUUCUGGGCCACAACGUCAGGCUCUUGACAAAAUGAAAGUGGAUGCUAUCUACAGAGCAACAUUGCAAAAGUGGCCUCAUGUGGUGCCCUCCAGCAUUGGUGCAGCCAUCAAUGCCAAACUUACUGAAAUUAGAGGAAAGAAGAAAGAAAGAAAAAAUCCGGAAACCUUAAUGCUCUUUGAUGACUGAUGGCCAUGACCUUGUGUGUUUACUGUUCAAGGUAUUUUGUUGUUGCUUUUUUUUUUUUUUUUUUUUCUGAGCAAUGUUCUGUUUGAUAUCAUGUUGAAAUUCUAAAUUACUCAUGUGGAUUAUAAUUUCUUUAUGUCACUGAGUUGAAAUAAAAGUGUUCCAUUGCAAAUUUGUGUACGUCAUUGACUGAAAUCAUAUAUUAGUAAAUGUGGAUAUAUUGUAAUAUUGACUGAAAUCAUGUAUGAUAAUUAUAUGUAGAGUUAUAGUAAUAUUAUUGCUGUAAUAUGAGUAAUUAAGUAGAAACAUAUAAAGCUUGAAGAGUAGGCACACAAUUUCCCUAUUAAAACAAUAUGAAAUCUGUAAGAAAUACAUAUAAACAAAUGACACAAAAUGUAAAUAAAUCCUAUAUUACUUCAAUUAGACUAGCAUAUGAUUCAAUAUAAGAACUUUAAAUGAUUUGUAUAUGAAUAUCAGUAAUUUCCUAUAUUUUCUUUAAUAAUACCAUACACCUUUGCAUACUCUUUUCAUGUAAAACUCAUAAGAUUUUAUGCAGUUUUCAUAUAUGACUCAAAAAUCCCUACAUGUUGCAUGUGUGCUUUUUAAUAUGAAAGUGGCCAUAAUCGGUCUGAUUUUGUAUAGGACAUAUAUUGGACUUGCAUGAAACACAUAAGGUAAUUCUGGCCAAUUUAAGUAAGGAAGAUAUAUGGUUACUGUAUAUGAAUCAUACAGUUUUUUUUCAUAUGGGAAAUAGUAUCGUGAAGGACUCCACACACCCCUCCCACAGUCUCUUCCAGCUCCUACCAUCAGGAAGACGGUACCGGAGCAUCAGAGCCCGCUCUGCCAGACUGCUCAACAGCUUUUUCCCCCAGGCUGUGAGAGCCCUGAACUCAAAUCACCCCGCCCCUCUCUGAACCCCCAUACAAACCCCCUACCUCCUGUAACAUGUAACGUGCAAUUCGAAGUGUGCUACACACAGGUGAGUGGGCCUGUACAAACCACCUGUAGUAGCACACUCUCCUCUAUGCGCACUAGUCACUUUUCACACACACUGCUGUGUGUACACAAAUCCCACAAAAAGAACUCCGUAAUAUAUGUAUGUUUACAUGCUCAUGCACUACAAAUCAUCCUGCACUGUUCCCCAGCCAGCUGCUUGAACUCAAUGUUUCUCCUUGCACAUGUACAGUAUUUAUCUGAAGCAUUCGUAUAGUUUGUAUUUUUUAGUUUGUAUAGGUACUUUUUAUAGAUAGUAUAUUUAUAGUCAAAAUCUAUCAGUAGGAUAGUUGUGUAUAGGUUUAUAUUGUCUUACUCCAUUGUUGUAUGCCUGUAUUUAUGUAGCACCGUGGUCCUGUGAGGCACGACA